AGUGCAAGCUCUGCCACAAAAAAGAUCAAUAAAAGACAGGCCAGCCAGUAACCCAAUGGAUCCCAGACAACAACAACAUCCUCCUUACCGUAAAUUUAGGUUCUCUUCGUGUGACCAGAUCAAGGAUCCUUGUUAAAAGGAACGUGUUGAUAAACUUAACGCUCUCUGAUACCGUCACAGUCGUUAUCACAAUGAUGGUAGCGCUCACCGGAACCGAUCUGCCUUCAGGUCAGUUCGUAAUCCCUAGUAACCCGCUUGACUUUGUAGUAACUGAAUUAGACCAAACUAAAGUACUAGGGCGAUCAAAGUUGCAGUCAGCUCCCACCGGGGAUACCGAGGCGAUUUUAUCGUAUUACAAGACUGCUGCGGUUAAUGGAGCAAUGUCAGACGUCAGCAGUCUAGCUCCCAGUUCAGCUCCUUCAUCCACCUUUGUUUCUCCUGUUGCUUUUCACUCUCGUUCAAUUUCGUCAACAUCCAUUGCUACCCAAUCUUCUUCCUCCGCUUACACUUCUGAGUCCUCAAAGGCGCGUACAACUGCUCCGAGCGCGUAUAAACCUCCUCAAACGCGGCCUGCCUCCCCACUCGGUUCAAACGGAGGGCUAGCGCGCCGCCAAAGCGUACCAUCCGAAGGUAGCGCAGACAGACGACGGAUUGCCAUCGUUGAGAUGAGCACACAUGUUGGCGAAUACCCGAAGGGUGAUUCCUACGCGAGCACUUCUUCGAACGACUUAUAUCCCCAACGAGGUCGUGAGACACAGCUAGGUGGUCUCGCACUUGUUGCACCAGCGGAUGCAUCGCCACAAAUCUUUGGUUUUACCCAUUCACUCGCUUCGCCUGUCCAGCCUCCGUCUAUCCAACCAAAACCCACUUCGAGCACUGCACCCUCUCACGUACGCUCAUCGUCAGAGACAGUCACAGUCUCUGGACGAGUUACGGGGCACACCAGGAAGUCAUCCCGCGAAGUGGCUGUCAUAGGCACAAUAUCUCUUUCAACGAAACCAUCACGCCAGGGCUAUUCGUCCCCUGUCACAGAAGUACUCAAGCCACCCCUAUUCCAAACGCCCCAAUCCCGUUCACCUUCCCCUGGGACACCCGAGACAUCUGAUUCAGGGAGUUCCACUGCGCCUCCCAAGAGUAGACAGAGGAAAGACGCGCUCUUCCCUAGUGUAAGCCCUAUCAAGGAGCUGAAAGAAACUCUGUCUCCUUCAACAAGUCCCAUGCCCGCUCCUGAGGUGACGCCACGCAUGGGGGAGAGUAAUAGUAUUGGCGACCAUGUGGCUGGUCCAGUCAUUGUCAAUAUCUUCCCCGAAUCGCCCACACCGAAUAUUGGGAAGCACAUUAUGAGCCUACCACCCAAGACAUCUACAGCCACACCUGCUACUCCAUACUUGCACUACCAGCCUGGUCUGCAUGCAAAAGCAGGACCGCUUCCUCCUCCCCCCAUGUCUGUCUUCAGUAUUGAUCCCAGUGCGCCGCCUCCACCUAGACCACCUCGGCAUCAGCCAUUGAAGAAGAAAGGUGAUAUAGAUGCUGUGAAGCAAGCAUUGGCUCUGCCUCCUUCUGUCGCAGCUGCACUCAAAACGCGAAGACCUCUUGCGCAGCCCAAGGAGGAACGCGGAGCGACCACCAGUGCCAAUUCCUCGCCUUCGGAAGCAGUGAAGGAGCUUGCUCCGACUUUGAGUACUAGCCCUUUGGGGCUGGGUCCCUUGCAACCAGUAACCUCUGAACCCCGGUCAGAUGAGUCAAAGUCUCACCACAAUACCUCGGACAAGGAGAAAAGGGAGUCUGAACUUCCCCAGACGCCAGCUCAUAUCCGUGAAGGCGCUUUCCCUCCCUCACGCUUUUGCACCUCAGACUCAAACCCAAGUCUGGCUGUGUCCCCAGAUCGAACGAUUGUUUCUCUUCCCCGCCAUGAGUCUAUUGAUGACCUUGUUGCUACCGUCGGACACGCAAUUGAUGACAUGGGUAUAAUCCGUUCAUCUGACGUUCCUCCCCCGACUGUUCUUGAGCCCUUACGGCACAACGAGAAUCGAGGCAACCGAUCUGGUCUCGACAUUCGACGCAUCUCCUUAACACCCACCCCACCACUAGAUGUCAAUGAUAUCGUUGAGAAUGAGAGUAAACCUGAAGUGCUUCCGCCGCUGCCGGCAAAGAACGAGCCUCAGCCUUCAGACUUACGAGUUAGAAGUGCGCUUAGUAUCAAGCGGUUUUCGUCUCUUCCGCGCACGCCCUCGCAGAUGUCGCCCAUCCAGCCUUCUACAGAAAUCAACAGGUCUUCGAGGACGCCGUCGCCAUCGUUCGUAGCUCAUUCAGUGCCAAAAGCAUUACCUCCAGUUCAGAAGAUCAAGUCUGCGUGGCCACCAAGUAUGCAUUUUGCAGAUGUGAUUGUGAAGAAGAAUGCCCUUGAUCGGUCGGUGGGAUAUGCGCAGAAGAUUAAUGAACUUUAUUUGUAUGAUUGUGGAUUAGGCGAUUGGAUUGUAGAGACAAGAUACAAAGCUGCAAAUCCCCCAAAGCGUGCUCCUGCGAAAACGAAUCCUCGUGUUCCUUCAACACAUUCUCCCCGUACCCAAACCCGUAAUAUCUCAGAGUCCUCGACUGGCUCCGAGGUUACUUUUCCAAGACGUCCAGACGCAUACUUAGCCACGGAUCUGUCGACACCUCCCUCCGAUGACUCCAGUCCCCCCAAUGCACCUCCUGCGCUUCCAUACCCAGCACUUGCCUCAGCGCCACGCAAUGGGUCAAGUAGGGCAUCCACUAUCAUUGCCAGCUCAUCUUCAUCCUCUAGUCGCUCGCUGACUUCCCCCACUUCAUCGAACAAGUCUCCUGGAAGCUUCCUCGCGUCUUUGGGACGGAAAACAAGUCUUAAGAAAGAUAAGGGUGUAGCAUUGAUAGCUCCAGUAAUUGGGAGGGCGCUGUCUAAAAGUCCACCGCGACAGGAGCCGAAUCCGCGACCGGUGACUAUUUCGAAUUCUCCAUCUGUGCCAGGGGGUCCGCGCGCACCCCCUAAUCGUAUGCAAAGGUCCCACACCAUAGUCCUAUCCCCUCAGUCCCCGUCGAAUGGCUUGGGUCACCACCGAUCAAGCACAGUUGUUAUACAUCGACCGUCGCAACUCAGUGGCCGCAACACAUAUUCCGAACGCGGGUCACCCACGGAUGGAGACGAAUUCGCACGUCAGGUGGACAAGCUUGCUGCACUGCUCCCGAAGGCCGAUAAAAACGUCCUGGCAGGGUAUCUCCGUAGGGCAGGCCAGGAUAUCCUUGCUAUCGGACAAUAUCUCGAAGACGAUAAGAAUGGAACUUUACGUUAUGACUAA